AUGUUCACAAGUGUCUGUACUGUUUUCUUGUUGAUUGGUGCUGUUCUAUGUGGAGAUGACAAAAGGGCAAAGCUAAGAUUUUAUCAUGGUGUCUUCGAAAAUUACACCGAGUUUCCAAUAGACGAAUGUCAAGAAAUAUUAUCUUCAUCUUCAUCGUGGUACAACUCUAGCAGGAUGACCACAAUAUUUACUCAUGGUUUUACAGGUCAUCCCAAUGGGUUUGCGGUGACGUCCGUAAUAAAAGCGUAUUUGGAACAAGGGCAGAGUAAUGUUGCUCUUUUGAACUGGGAUCGCCUAGCAGCGGUACAGAAUAAUCAGAUGUCUGGUUCAUAUCUGAAAUGGGCGGCACCGAAUGCUAUAAAGCUCGGCUCGGAAUUUGCUGACGUACUGCUGAACCUAUCCUCGGCCGGACUGGAUUUGAAUAAAACGCACUUAGUGGGCCAUUCCCUGGGUGCGCAGAUUUUUGGCAUCACUGGCAACAAAAUGGUGAAGAAUGGCGUCCAAUUGCCUUGGAUCACGGGUUUGGACCCCGCCGGUAUAAUGUUCGACGGCAGGGCCCCGGCCGACAGACUCAGCCCCACGGCUGCUAGGUUCGUGGACGUCAUCCAUUCGGACCCCACCAAGUACGGUACUAGAAAGGAACUGGGCACCGUUGACUUCUGGCCAAAUUAUAGAAACAAUGGACCUGUUAUACAACCUGGAUGUGACAACAAACCGCACCCGAGGUUUUCGCUUGAAGACCUAUGCAAUCACAAUAAAUGCUGGCAGUUCCUCAUUGACACAAUUAAGUACCCAGGAUCACUGAUGGGGACGUACGCUAAGAAUUUCAGAACGUGGAAGAAUUAUUCAAAGAAAGAAAGGCUUGCUACCGUUUUGGAACUUGGUGUCCGCUAUGACAAAGUUAUUCCUGGAAACUAUUAUUUCCUGACGGGUGCUUCGUCGCCGUACGGACUCGCUGAAAAUGGCUUGUAGAUUUACAUACAUACAUUCAAAAUUACACUUUAUGGCUGUGAUCAUUCAUUCUUAUAUAAGUAGUCUUUACCAAAUCGAAAUGUAUAGAAUGUGAUAACUAGUUGUCGUCUAGAUUUAAGUCUCUUAGAAUAAAUUACCGUAUCUACUAAUUGUCUUCAAAUUAUGAACAGCAUUGUUAUUUUUGAGUGCGGAAAAAAUCGACAAAAGAGAAAGACGAAAGACACUUAAGCAUUAUACUAUGCAAAUUAAAAACUUUGCUCGCGAUAAUUACUGCUACUGAAGAUAAUGAUUCAUCGAAUAUCACGCGAAUUAAUCAUCCAAGAUGGAGGAAUUUUUGCACAAAUCAUUAAAGCACUUAAAAGGCAAAUGGAUUCUCUGAUGCGGAUGCCAAAUGGAUUCUGAAAAUUUUAUAGAUAGGCCGUUGUCUACCUGACCUAUUGUUACGAACAACGCUGCAAUUAAAUUCUUAAUGCUUGUAUUAGGCUCUUUAGCUUUUGUUACCAUUUUUAUCUAGUGUAUCUUACUAAGUUACGUUAAAUAACCCAGCGUGGAUACAUUCGAGUUAUUUAACGCUGGCACUGUAAACAAGUAAAUAUUAAUAAGUUCUUUGUGCUUACGAGGGUGUAUUUUUUAAUAUUAAAUUUAAGUAGGUACUUAGAGAAAAUAAAUUAUGAAAAGAAAA